AUGGAUAGAGAGCAAGGAGCUCUUCAAUUUCUGGGCUUCUUCGGCAUCUUCACAGAAUCCUUCAACAUUGUUCUCUCAUGGAGGAAGAUCUUCAGCAAGAUUACCCUAACCCUAAUCUUGCCACUUACUAUCGUCUUUGUAGCUCACAUCCAGGUAACCGAGCUUCUCUUCUUCAAGAUCUUGAAAAACGAAGAUUCCCUCAAUUCAAUCCCUAAAAAUUCAUCCAAAUACACCAAACUCUCCGAUAUCAUCACUUCAGAGUGGAUCUCUUUCUGGCUCUUUAAAGCUGCUUACUUCACUUUCUUUCUAAUUCUCGCUCUCCUUUCCUCGGCGGCCGUCGUUUACACCGUCGCCUGCGUUUACACUGGUAAGGAAAUCACCUUCAGGAAGGUUGUUGCCGUUGUUCCUAAGGUUUGGAGAAGGCUGAUGGUUACUUUCUUAUGGAAUUUUGUUAUUGUUUUGGUUUACAAUGUCGCUUUUGGGGUUUUGAUUGUCCUUUGGGCUGCAAUUUUUGGAUUCGGUGGAAUUGGGAUUCUCAUAAUUUCUGGGCUUUCGGUUUCAUAUGUUUUGGGGUUUGUGUAUAUAAGCGUUGUGUGGCAUUUGGCGAGUGUUGUCUCUGUUUUGGAGGAUGUGUAUGGAAUUCAAGCAAUGUUGAAGGGUAAGGAACUGAUUAAGGGGAAGAUGGUGCUUUCUUGCGGUGUUUUCUUGACUUUUACUGUGUUGUUUCUUGGGGGUCAGUUGGUUUUUCAAACUUUGGUUGUGCUUGGAAGUUCCAAGUACUAUGGAUUGAGAAUUGUUCUUGGAAUUCUUUGUUUCUUGUUGCUGUUCAAAGUGUUCCUCUUUGGUCUUGUUGCUCAAACAAUCCUUUACUUCGUUUGCAAAUCAUAUCAUCAUCAAAAUAUUGACAAGUCCUCAUUGUCUGAUCAUUUGGAAGUGUAUCUUGGGGAUUAUGUUCCAUUGAAGGAACAGGAUGUUCAAUUAGGGGAAUUGUAA